AUGCACCUUAACCAAUACCAUUUGCUCUCGUCGUCUCAACUUAUUCGGGAGGAAGAUGAAGAGGUUGAAGCAGAAGGUGCUAAUUAUCAGCUUGAAAUGAUGAGGUGCUUGAGAGAGGUUAAUGUCGACAAUAACACUGUUGGAUGGUAUCAAUCAACUUUAUUUGGCUCUUUUCAAACGGUGGAACUCAUUGAGACUUUCAUGAACUAUCAGGAGAAUAUCAGGCGAUGUGUUUGUAUUGUUUACGAUCCAUCAAGAUCCAACCAAGGCAUCCUAGCUUUGAAGGCCUUGAAGCUUUCUGAUUCAUUCAUGGAUCUUUAUAAGAAUAAUAACUUCAUUGGUGAAAAGUUGAGGGAGAAGAAUCUUUCAUGGGUGGAUAUCUUUGAGGAGAUUCCUAUUAAAGUUUCAAAUUCUGCUCUUAUCAGUGCUUUUAUGACUGAACUGGAGACUGAUACCCCUGUCAAACAGUGUGACUACGACAGGUUACAACUGUCUACAAAUCCAUUCUUAGAGAGGAAUAUGGAGUUUCUGGUCGAAUGCAUGGAUGAUUUGUCAAUGGAACAACAAAAGUUUCAAUUCUACUACAGGAAUCUCUCUCGUCAACAAGCUCAGCAGCAAGCCUGGCUUCAGAAAAGAAGGAAUGACAACAUGCAACGAAAGGCUGCUGGAGAAGAACCAUUGCCUGAAGAGGAUCCUUCAAAUCCCGUUUUCAAGCCUAUCCCUGAACCAUCACGAUUGGAUAGUUUUCUCAUAACAAAUCAAAUUUCCAACUACUGCAACCAAAUUAAUGGUGUUGCUGGACAAAGCUUUAGUCGAUUAUAUCUGAUGAAGGCUCUGCACGAGGAUUAA